AUGGCAACCUUUCGCCGCUUCCGUCCUGACGAUGUCAACAAGUUCUCUAAAUGCAACCUUGACCCUUUAACCGAGACGUAUGAGCUGGCAUUUUACCUCCAGUACCAUGCCAAAUGGCCAGCCAUGUUCCAGGUCUGCGAGGACAUGAACGGCAAUAUCAUCGGUUACAUCAUGGGCAAGCUGGAGUCAUCGCCCGACGUCUACAAAUACUCUGAACACUACCUUCCCUGGCAUGCCCACAUCACCGCUCUGACCGUUGCGCCAGAGGCGCGAAGACUGGGUAUCGGCAAGAUUCUCUCCGAACAGCUGGAAGCCGCAGCCGACGCCAACGAAGCCUGGUUCGUUGACCUGUUUGUUCGCACAAGCAAUCACAAGGCAAUCACAUUCUACAAGAGCAUGGGUUAUAGCGUCUUCCGCGUGGUCAAAGAUUACUAUGGCGACCAUGCUACAGACCCUACCCGCGACGGCGAGGACGCUUAUGACAUGAGGAAGCCAAUGAAGAGGGACGUCAAGCUCGAGCAUAUUAGGGACGACGGGGAGAAGCACGAGGUUGACCCAUCUGAUGUCUGGUGA